AUCUAUUUCACUUUGAGUGUUAUCCUGCGAGGAGCAUAUCUAUUUCAAUUUUUCAGUUUCCUAAUAUUCUCUGCACGGAUUCCAAGAACAAUCCACGUUGAGAUUUGAGAAUACGGUGAUUUGGGUCUAUAAAAGGGAGUGAUGUUUUGGGAGGGGACCGUCUUGUUUUUGUUCAAACCACCGCAAAAUGCAGCCAGCGUUAAUGGCGAAUCCCCAAAACCCUAACCCACCUGGUGACUCACAGCCCUUGCCAAUCAUCCCGCAAGAAAUCAUCGUUGAAAUUCUCUACAGGCUUCCUGUCAGAUCGCUGCUCAAAUUCAAGUCCGUUUGUAAAAGCUGGCGGUCUUUGAUUUCUGAUCCCAAGUUCGUAAAAACUCAUCUCACUUUUAUCAUCUGUGGCCAAUGACGUACCCACUCUAGACUCAUGAUAAGAUAUGUUGGUCCCUAUUUUGGUCUGAAAUCGUGUUGUAUGUACUCUUUGUUUGAUAAGCAGCCUCCUAAUGUUGUUGAUCUUAAUUAUCCUUUGGAAAACACUCAUCGUACGGCUUGGUUUGUGGGUUCUAGCAAUGGGUUGGUUUGCAUAGCCACUGACGAGUUAAAGUUGUGUCUGUGGAACCCAUCUACUGGGAAAUCCAGGAUAUUUUCGAGUUUUGGUGUGAGAAUGCUUCUGAAUCUCAGGAUUAAAUAUGGUUUUGCUUAUGAUGAGUCCAUUGAUGAUUAUAAGGUGGUGAGUAUCUUUGAUGUUGAGCGUAAGCUGAGUUCGUUUGAGACUGAAGUUUAUACUCUGGGGACUGGUUCUUGGAGGAGGAUUGGAGAGUUUCCUUGUGGUGGUCCUUUAUCUCUCACAGGGAAAUUUGCAAAUGGGGCUCUUCAUUGGUUUUCAGCUGGUAAUCCCUAUGGAAUUUCCCCCGCCGUAAUUUAUUCUCUGGAUCUGGCCAGUGAGACCUAUGGGAAGAUUGCGCUACCUAGUUUUGGGGGCAGGUGGUCUAGUGUCAGGUUGGAUGUUUUAGAAGGAUCUUUGUGUGUAAUUUGCAACAAGGCCGGAACUCAUGCUGAUUUAUGGGUGUUGAAGGAAUAUGGCAUCGAAGAGUCAUGGACCAAGCUGUUUGUUAUACCCUAUCCGACAUCUCCAUUCAAUGGUGUGUAUUCUCGUCCGUUCUGCUUUUCAAAGAAUGGUGAACUUUUGAUGGACUUUAAGUCCCGCCUGGUUGUAUAUAAUCCAAAAGAUGGUACAGUUAGGUAUCUUGACAUCCAAAACUAUGAAACCUUUUAUGAAGUGUGCCCCUAUGUUGAGAGCCUGGUCUCAGUGGGUGCUAACAAUCUGACUCAAGGCCAACAUCCUUGAUUAAAGGUUUUGGUCAGAUGUCCUCCCUGUUGGAGUUGCAGAGGCAGCAGUCAGUGUUUAGUGAUAUCUAUGUUUUAGUGAUUCUUGUCUAUUACCUUGUGUAAAUGUUCGAGUUUUGUUUUGUUUUGUUAUAUUCGCAAUGAUGGGACUGAAAUAGCCAGGGGGGGUUCAAUUGCAGCUUGGGAAAUUAUGAAUGGUAGCUUGCUUGUGUAGUCUAAGUUGCCUUGGUGGCUAGCUCUUGUUUAUGUCUUGCUUGUGUAGUCUAAGUCGCCUUGAUGACUAGCUAAUGUUUAUGUGAUCAAGUCGCGUGACGAACAUUGUUUUCUUAUGUGAUUAUCUGGUGAUUGCAUAUGAUUGUAAAUGCAUCCAAACAUGGCAUACCAUAAGCGCGAAGCACAUAGGAUGUGUGGUGUAAUGCACUACUUUCUUAUUAUAUUAGGCAACAU